AUGGCAGAUCUACACUUUUGCUUCCAUGAUUUUGACAGGAGACACGAGCUUGAGGUUCGAGUUCAAGGGGAUAUGGAUUCCGGGGCUACACGAGCAGAUAUUGGAGAAUUGAGGGCGGAAGUUAGGGGGGUACGGGCAGAAUUGCGACAGCAAGAGCGGAGAAUUAUGGAACUAGGGAAUGAAAUUGGGGGGAUGAGUGGAGAAAUGAGGGACGUAAGGGAAGAGCUGAGGAUGACGAGGAGAGAGCUCCGGGGGACUAGGGCAGAAAUGUUGAGGCUGAGAAAUGAAGGCACGCAAUAUAGGGGAGACUUAAGAGGAUUAAGACAGGAAAUUUUGGGUUUGGAAGGGGAGAUUGUGGGGUUGAGGGGUGAAAUGAGGAAUGUGAUCAGAGGGGUGAGAGAGAUGAGGGAAGAGUUUUUAGAUUUUAUGGAUGAAGUUGAGAGAGGCCAGAGAGAAAGGCUGAGAGAAGCUACCAUAGCUUAUGAAAGAUUAAGAAGAGAGGUUAUGGAAGAACUGGUUAUGAGGGAUGCGAACAACGUUCAAGUGGAGCUACGGUUAAUGGAGGGAUUGGCGAGGCGCGAUGCGGAAAGCAUUCGAAUGGAAGUACGAAUUAUGGAAGGAUUGGCGAGGAGGGAUGAUUACAAUAUUGAGAUGGAGCGGCGGCUGAUGGGAGAAGUUCAAGAUCUUAAAACGAGGAACGCAGAAAGAUCAGAGAGGGAAGAUGAGUUGACAAAUGAUGUGGAUGAUCUAAGAAAUAGAAAUAUGGAGAAUGAACGGGUAUUGGGAGGUGAGAUUGAAAGUUUGGGCAAUAGGAUGGACGCUUUGGCGCUGGAAAAUGGGGGGUUGAUGGAAAGGGUAACGUGGUUGGAGAUGCCAGGACCUGAAAUUGAGGAAGACGUCGAGCCAGUGGAUGAUCAGAUAGUCAAUAAUUUGGCUGAAGAACGGCACGAUAAAGGAAGCGGAAAGAAAUGUGAGAGGGGAGAAUGCCAGUGGCCAAGAUUCUAUACCGGAAGGAAGAAACAUAGUAUUAGGAAAGAGCUAGCUUUAAGGAUCAUGAAGUAUACAGUUACGUGA